CUUACAGUUAGCAGUACUUAGCGACCUAGAUAGUUUUGUUUUAUUAUUAUUAUCCUUUUUUUGUAUCGUCUGGUGUUUUAUUUAUUAUAUGGUUUGCCUGCUUUAGAAUAGUUCAUGUACUGCCAAAGUUUGCGUCAUGGUUUUAUAAGAAUAACAUUAUUUACACUGUGUGAAAGUAGCUGUAGGGGAAGUUUAUGUUCUUCGGCUACAGUGAAGUCUCUUAGUAGAGGAGUUUCUCUUAUAAACAAGAUGCCGAAGAAAGAAAAAACGAGCAAAAACACUCAGACAAAGAAGCAGCCAGAAACCCCGACCGGUCCAGUUUCUAUGCUUAAAGAUGGCGGGCUUGCAAUAGCAGUACAUGCCAAGCCUGGAGCAAAACAAAACGCCGUCACAGAUGUGAGCUCAGAGGCAGUGGGAGUCGCUAUUGCUGCACCUCCUACAGACGGCGAGGCCAACGCCGAGCUUGUGCGCUACCUGUGUAAAGUACUGGCUCUGAAGAAGAGUGAAGUCCUGCUGGAUAAGGGCAGUAAAUCCAGAGAAAAAGUCAUUAAAGUCACUGCAUCGAUUAGUCAAGAGGAGGUUCUGGAGAGACUGAAGCGAGAAUCUGCUGGCUGAAGCUCAGCACUAAAGCAAGAGUUCUCAGACACUUUGUACUCUCGGACAUCUUUUAUGUGACGAUUUAUUUCAUGAAUAUUAUUUGCAGUGUGUACAGUAAUAUUUUGUCCAUGGCCAAAAGGUCACUGGUUUGAUUCCCUGGACCAACAGGAAUGGCUGAAGUGCUUUUCAGCAAGGCACCUAACCCCCAACUCCUCCUCAAGCUGCUCUGGGUAUGUUGUACAUUGCUCUGGAUAAGUGUGUCUGCUAAAUGCCUGUAAUGUAAUGACGCCAUUUGAUUCCUGACAGAACACAUUAGGUCUAAGUUUUUAGACACCUGACCAUCACACCCAUAUGUAGUUCUUCCCAAAACUUGUCACAAAGAUGGAACCAAACAUUUCUAUAAGUCUUUGUAUGCUGUAGCAUUACAAUUUUCCUUUAUUAUGGAACUAAGAAGCCCAAACCUGUUCCAGCAUGACAACACACCUGUGCACAAAGCAAGCUCCAUGUACAUGUUUUACUAAGGUUGAAAUGGAAGAACUUGAGUGGCUUGAACCCACAGAUCCCUAACCUCAACCUCACUGACGCUUUUGGGAUGGACUGGGAUGCUAACUGCACCCCAGGCCUCCUCAUCCAACAUCAGGUCCUGACCUUACUAAUGUUUUUGUGGUUGAAUGGACAAAUCCCCAUAGCCAUGCUCCACCAUCUUGUGGAAAAUCUUCCCAGAAGAGUGGAGAUUAUAUUGUUUGUUAUUAUUAUAACAGCAAAGGGGAACAUCUGGAAUGAGAUGUUCAAAGCACAUACUGUAGAUGGAUAGAUUGAUUUUAUUAAUCCCAAGCUGGGAACUUAUGUUACAGCAGCGAGUUAUCAGACAUACCAAAAAAAAAAAAACCUGUACAACGUAAAGUAGAAUGAAAAUAUAUCCCAGAACAAGCCAACUAUACAAUAUAAAGAUAAAAAUGUAACAAUAAAAAAUAUAUCUAUGUAUGUGCUUUGUACAGGUGAAUAUGCAUUAAUAGUACUAAAAACAAGAAUUGAGCUGAAUGAAUAUAAAAACUGUACAAAAGUGGCAAUAUUGAAAAGAAGAUAGAUAGAUAAAUAAAGACAAGUAAACUCUAAAGGUGCAAAGUGACAGGAGGACGAGGACCAGGGUUCUAAACAGAACUAUACAGCGGAAAGUUCAGAGUUCUCUCUGUCGCUAACAUACAAUAAUUAAAAAAAAAUGGGUGUGAUGGUCAGGUGUCCACAAACUUUUAGCCAUAUAGAGUACAUCUGAUAAUGGUGCCAUGUGAUUUCCACCACUGUAACUAAAUAAAAACAAUAAAUCACUAACCCCUUGACCAUGUCUCACAGACCCCACUUUGAGAACCACUGCACUGAAGGAUUUUUGGUUACUUUUAGGAUGGAUAUAUAUACUAUAUUUUAAUACAAAUAGAUUAUGCAUCCAGUUCCUUGCUCUUAUAAGAAGUAGAUACCAUAAGUACACCUCACGAAAGGUAAGAUGGCAGGUUAGAUAGAGUUUAGAUUAGAUAGAACUUUAUUGAUCCCUUUGGGAGGGUUCCCUCAGGGAAAUUAAAAUUCCAGCAGCAUCAUUACAGGAUAAACAGAGAAUGGAAAAUAGAGAAAACUUCUAGAUAAAUUAAAUUAAGUAUUUACACAUACAAAUAUAAAAAAGAAUAAGAUAUGGGAAAAGAAGAAAGGAAAAAAACACAUUUUUGCUAGUACUGUGUUAUCUAAUUCUUACAGAAGCAUGGAACUGAAUGCUUAGUCCAUUUGUAUUAAAAUAAUUAUGGAGCCUCAUUGUCAUGCAGCUUAUUAUUUAUAAAGCCAAUAUGCCAGCCAAACUGAAUGAUUUUUCAUGUCCACAAUCUAAAGCGAUAAUCCAAUUUACAUUUACACUUACGAAGCCCUACGUGUACCUUCUACAACUGUCACAAGCGUUAUACAUGUACUGUCAGUAAAAAAGCUAAGCAGUC